CUAAUGCCGCAAUUGAAGUAUUCCAGUCUGCGCGAUCAUCUAAUCACGUCAUGCACAUAUUAAAAUGCCUUGCCAUAUAUCUGAUCGUGGUUCAAGCCACCAUCGUCAGUGAUCAAACGUGUUCUCGACAUCGCCAACUAGCCAAACAUCGCUUCUAUGCGCUUCGCCAUUGUCAACGGUCGAAUCGUACCAUAAUCGGUCUAAUCAACGUCAAAAACGUCGGCGAGUGUGCGGAAUAUGCCAGAAAGAAACGCGGAAUGGCAUUCAACUUUGGGCCCAAAGAUCGCAACGAAACGAAUUUGUUCGAUGCGCUAAAGGCCCAGCAGAGCGCCAAAUCCAAUCGAUCCAGUGUUCCUCCGAAAGGCACGGAUACUAUAACUACCGAUCCGGAAGAGUUCUUCAACUGUCAGGUUCUAGAAUGUCCGGAGUAUCGAAACCUGUCAACCAUUGUCAACGAUACCCGCUUCGAUUACUACAGUUUGUAUACAAGAGAACCACCCUCAGAAAACGCCACUUGUCUUCCAUCGGUGGGAAUGUUUGUGAUGGACGAUCGCAAGCUGAACUACUCCCUGGCGUUCAAUGAAUGUCGCUCAAUGGGAGGUAGUUUGGCUCACGUGGCCAGCGAAGCGCGAACAAAUCAGAUCACAAAGAUGUUGAUCAAGGAAAUGAGCAAAAGGAAUAUAACCACUAGCAAUAAAACAAUGGAUGGAGCUUACGUGGGAUUGAAUGAGACCAUUAGGGGAGCAUUUUUUACGUCCGGAAAUGAACCGUUGGAGUGUUUCCUGUACCGAGCAUGGGCUCCGGGCAAUCCCAGUAAAACUCGGCAACCUGGCUGCGUCGCCAUAACACCCAACAGCUCCUGGAUCGUUCAAAACUGCAACAAACCACUCAGAUUCAUCUGUGAACUGCACACUACUGGACCUCCACGGUACAAACCUUCGCUGAAACGUAAAUGCUUCCUGAAGCGUCCCAACAACCGCCUUGCUCCAGGGCGUUAUGGUUCCACGACUUGAAUAAAACUUCCAACUUCUCGAUUGUUCCAUUUAUUCAACGAUUUUAAAUAUAAUGAGUAAAAAAUAAAUAUAAAAUAAUCUUUGGUAAUUCUCGGUUUCCUUUUGAGCUAUGAACGCGAUUGAUUUAAUGCAAUGCACACCUACACAGAGCUUAGAGCCUGAAGAUAAUGUAUACAGCCU